GCUCCGCCGACUGGCCGGGCGCGCGCGUGCGCGCGCUCCAGGCGUGGCGAGGAAAAGCCGCGUUGCGCGAUCUCACGAGAGCGCGUGAGAUUUACUGAUUAUUGUUUACACUACAGUGUUAAAAAAACACCCAGAACCGAGCCGAGCCGAGCCGAUAGCGGUCGGUCCACAUCAGUUACCUUGUGCUUACGCAGCAAAAUGAACUCGGUCGGAGCGGCGCUGUUUUCGCGGAACGCCAUGAGUAGAUGAACCGAGGCUGCACGCUGAGUGAACCCACUUGCGACAAUUGCGUGUGAAGAGUGCUGCUCGCUGCAGCGGGAGCCGACCGAGACAGGCGGGCGCUGUGAGGAAGAGAGACCGCGACGCUCGCACGGGGCGCCGUUCACGAGCGCGCAGGAAAGGCCGGGGAUUUGGAGGCCUGCGCGCACAUUCCCCGCCAGCUGUGCGGGCAAGGAAAGGAGGGCCGCGGCCUCUGCAGCUCGGCGCGGGCCCCUCGGGCUCCGAGCGAGAGGGUGGAACAACCGCAGAAGCAGAGCUCGAAAGCGGAGCGCCGAACGGACAGAGGCUCUCGUCUCGGACUGCCGAGCAGGUACAUGGAGGAAGCCUCCUUUCUGCAGACAUGAUGGAGGAACUGCACAGCCUGGACCCUCGGCGACAGGAGCUCCUGGAGGCACGUUUCACUGGAGUCGGUGUGGCCAAGGGUCCAGGAAACGAGUCGUCCAAUCAGAGCCUGUGUAGUGUGGGCUCUCUGAGUGACAAGGAGCUUGAGACUCCUGAGAAGAAGUCCAAUGACCAGAGAGCAAGGAAACGGAAAGGAGACGUGUACGAUGGCUGUCAAGGAAAAGGAGUAACAAGAGGGCAUAAAAUCAGUGACUAUUUUGAGUUCGCGGGUGGUUGCGGUCUUGGUACCAGUCCUGGUCGCAGCAUCCAACCCCUGGUCCGCUCCUCCCCCCAGCAUUCCCUCUCUAACCCCCCAGCUUCGGUGCAGCAAGGCAGUCCCUCCUCUGUGGGCUCUGCCAACACAGACCACUCUACCAACUCCCUGAAACCGGCCUCCGCUCACACAGUUCAUAAAGCCACACAGUCUGAUCUUACCAUAGAAAAGCUUGUAGCUCUGGAAAAUAACAAGAACUCGGAUCUGGAGAAGAAAGAGGGACGUAUAGAUGACCUUCUCCGAGUGAACUGUGACUUGAGAAGGCAGAUUGAUGAGCAGCAGCGGAUGCUGGAGAGGUACAAGGAGCGGCUCAACAAAUGUGUCACUAUGAGCAAGAAGCUUUUGAUUGAGAAGUCCAAGCAGGAGAAGAUGGCGUGUCGGGAAAAAAGCAUGCAGGACCGGCUGCGACUGGGACACUUCACCACUGUAAGGCAUGGAGCCUCCUUCACAGAACAGUGGACUGAUGGAUAUGCCUUCCAGAACCUCAUGAAGCAGCAAGAGAGGAUCAACUCCCAACGCGAGGACAUCGAGAGGCAGCGGAAGCUCCUGGCUAAGAGGAAGCCACCCGCAAUGGGCCAGACUCCGCCUCCUAGCCUGGAGCAGAACAAACGCAAGAGCAAAGCCAAUGGAACAGAGAAUGAAGCGUUGUCUCUUGCAGAGUAUCAUGAGCAAGAAGAGAUCUUCAAGCUGAGGCUGGGCCAUCUCAAGAAGGAAGAAGCAGAGAUCCAGGCAGAGUUGGAACGGUUAGAACGCAUACGGAACCUUCACAUCCGAGAGCUCAAGAGAAUACACAACGAGGACAAUUCACAAUUCAAAGACCAUCCCACACUGAAUGACCGGUACCUGCUCUUGCACUUGUUAGGUCGAGGGGGAUUUAGUGAAGUCUACAAGGCCUUUGACCUGACAGAGCAAAGGUAUGCGGCUGUUAAAAUCCACCAGUUGAAUAAGAACUGGCGGGAUGAGAAGAAGGAGAACUACCACAAGCACGCCUGCAGGGAAUACCGGAUCCACAAGGAGCUGGACCAUCCAAGGAUUGUAAAAUUGUAUGACUACUUCUCACUCGACACAGACUCAUUCUGCACGGUGUUGGAGUACUGCGAGGGCAACGAUUUGGACUUCUACCUGAAGCAGCACAAGCUAAUGUCGGAGAAGGAGGGCCGCUCUAUCAUCAUGCAGAUCGUCAGUGCACUCAAGUACCUCAAUGAUAUCCGGCCGCCCAUCAUACAUUAUGACCUCAAGCCCGGGAACAUCCUCCUUGUGAAUGGUACUGCCUGCGGGGAGAUCAAGAUCACCGACUUUGGCCUCUCUAAGAUAAUGGAUGAUGACAGCUACAACUCAGUGGACGGGAUGGAGCUGACGUCUCAGGGAGCAGGGACCUACUGGUACCUCCCUCCUGAGUGCUUUGUGGUGGGGAAAGAACCGCCCAAGAUCUCCAACAAGGUGGAUGUGUGGUCAGUAGGAGUCAUUUUCUACCAGAGCCUGUAUGGCCGGAAGCCGUUCGGACACAACCAGUCCCAGCAGGACAUCCUACAGGAGAACACCAUCCUGAAAGCCACGGAGGUUCAGUUUCCACCCAAACCUGUGGUCUCACCUGAAGCCAAGGCCUUCAUCCGGCGCUGCCUGGCUUACCGCAAAGAGGACCGCAUUGACGUGCACCAGCUAGCCAGUGACCCUUUCCUUCUGCCCCAUAUCCGUAAGUCGGUGAGCACCACCGGUGGCCCUGGACCUUCCACACCCUCCACCUCGAGCUCCUUCAGCAGCAGCGCUUCGAACUGAGCCACCACCUCCCCCCAGCUCUUCCUCGGCUGCUUCGUGAAAACGGGGCAAGAAGUAGUGUUGCCGCACUUUCCUGGGCUCGAAGUGACACCAGGAUACCACGGGGGCCAGGCAGGCAGACAAGGGUCGCGAGGCUCUGAGGCACUGUGGCCCCAGCAGCUCUCCCUCAGUUCCUGCCUAGUGGGCCCUCAGAUGAGAACUGUUUGGAGGUUCAGCGGUGUGGGCUGCGGAAAGGUGAACGUGGUUAGCGGGAGAUCAAGAGGCUUCUCCUUGUAAUGUUGUCGGGCAUCUUUCUGGGUGGGAAAACGGAAGAAGUACCAAAACACUCAGCGUGUGUGUCAAAGACCAUGGGGCCACCAGCAGAUCCAGAAGGCUUUUUUUGCUUUUCUUUUAAUAUAAAGAAAAUUCAACCAAAUUCCAUGUUCAAAAGCCCCAACAGCAGUGGGCGCUGACCUCCAACACAUGGUCCAAUGCCUGGUUUGCAGAGAGGAGCUUUGUGGUGCCCACUGCCCGUUCUCAAGUGUUUUUUGGGUUCACGUUUUCUUAGAUGACCAAAGCUCAGUACUACCCAUUGGUGGCGCUCUUUUGUUUUAGGUUAUUUUAAUAGUGAUCAUGGAGGUCCUGUUUUUGCAGAAGCUACUAUUUUAAGUAUUGAGCUAACAUUUUAACAGCUAAAAUUGAACUUUUAUCUGAUUGUUCAGUCCAUUUGUUUCCUGAAAUGCCCCUCCCCAAUUUAUUUUUUAUGUUUGAGGGGGAUCUGCAAUAUCAUGUAUACUGUGAGGGGAGGGAGAGAGGACCUAGCAACAAAUUGCAUAUAAACCAUUAAAACAAUUGUUUUAAAAA